GUUGAUUUUUAGGGUUUUAAAACUCAGAAUCACCUUAAACACCAAAACAACACGACAGAGGUUCGGAGAGAGGCUCAGAGGAUAACAGCAUGACAGUGGUAGACAGGCUCGGAGGACGCGGCGGAAACGGGAGGUACCAGAACGGAAGGGAAAGUCGGAGGUGAAGCAGCAGGUAAAAGUGACACUUACAGGCGCAGAAACCUGCUGCUCUGCGGGGACAAGAGAAGACUGAAGCCGGGGACAAGAGGAGACUGAAGCCGGGGACAAGAGAAGACUGAAGCCGGGGACAAGAGAAGAUUGAAGCCGGGGACAAGAGAAGAUUGAAGCCGGGGACAAGAGAAGAUUGAAGCCGCCGGGCAGAGGUGCUCGUCCCUGGGGAGAGGACAGACAGGCGGACAAGUCACUCUCCUGGAGAGUCUGAGACAUCAUCAGGAUCUCUGAAUGAAUGAGUGCAUGCAAGGACUAAACCAGGACUAAACCAGGACUAAACCAGGACUAAACCAGGACUAAACCAGGACUAAACCAGGACUAAACCAGGACUAAACCAGGACUAAACCAGGACUAAACCAGGACUAAACCAGGACUAUACUUACCACCUUACUACUUACUAUACCACCUCUAUUCUAAAAUGAAAUCAAAGUAAACAAAGACUCUUUUUUUCCACAGUAAACUUUGGCCUGGAUGCUUUUAAACCCAGAAAAAACCAGGUCUAAACUGGGUCCAGACCUGGACUAAACCCAGACUCCACAGGGCAGUGGCAGAGUGGUUAGCUUCGGAGGUCCUGGAUGGAUGGCGUUUCCCGUGCAUUACCUGUGGCGUGCGUUGCGCACGCUGGGGCUAGUGCUGCUUUAUUACAUCUUCUCCAUCGGCAUCACCUUUUACAACAAAUGGCUCAUGAAGGACUUUCAUUACCCUCUCUUCAUGACCCUGGUGCAUCUGUCCAUCAUCUUUGUUCUGUCAGCAUUGACGCGCAGAGUCCUUCUGUAUGCUACUGGGAAACCCCGCGUGGUGCUGGGCUGGAGAGACUACCUGUGCAAGGCUGCGCCCACAGCGGUUGCCACGGCGCUGGACAUUGGCCUGUCCAACUGGAGCUUCCUCUUCAUCACCAUCAGUUUGUACACUAUGACCAAGUCCUCCGCGGUGCUCUUCAUCCUCCUCUUCUCUCUCCUCUUCAAACUCGAGGAACCCAAUCCGUUCCUCCUCCUCGUGGUCCUCCUCAUCUCUGUGGGCCUCUUCAUGUUCACGUAUAAGUCGACUCAGUUUAACCUGGAGGGGUUCCUCAUGGUGCUUUUGGCCUCGUUCAUAGGGGGGAUCCGCUGGACCCUCACCCAGCUGCUCAUGCAGAAGGCCGAGCUCGGGCUGCAGAACCCAAUCGACGCCAUGUUCCACCUGCAGCCAAUCAUGUUCCUCGGACUGUUCCCUCUGUUCUUGUUCAACGAAGCUGUGAGCCUAAGCAGUUCGUCACGGCUGUUCCGGGUGACUCACCUCUCCCCCCUGCUCUCCUCCCUCCUCUCCCUCUCUGUGGGGGGGGUUCUUGCCUUCGGUCUGGGUUUCUCAGAGUUCCUGCUGGUUUCUCGGACGUCCAGCCUCACACUCUCCAUCUCAGGGAUCUUUAAGGAGGUCUGCACUCUGCUGUUGGCAGCACGGCUCAUGGGAGACCAGAUGAGUUCUGUGAACUGGCUCGGCUUCGCUGUUUGUCUCAGUGGUAUCUCUCUGCACGUUGCUCUCAAGGUUUACUACUCCAAAAAUAAAGGAGUGUCAGUGCGACAGUUGAGCAGCAGGAGCCCAGAGCUGGAGCUGCCUCUGCUGCAGAGCGGAGAACAAACCAACCAACUGGACUGUGAGGAAGACUACACCGACAGAGAGGAAGAGAUCAUCACACACUGACGAAGAGGAGGAGAGAGAGGGGGAGGGAGGGAAUGAAGAAGAGAGUCAGCUACAACACUAACAACUAUAGUGUGGUGGAGAGAGAGAAUAAAGGGGUAAUGCUUUAAAGAGGAGAAAGAAAGAAUAAGGCUUUAUUGAGGAGGACAGAGGGAGGAAGAGCCGGUACUAUGAGUGUGUGUCUCUCUCUGUUGGUGACAGUGGGAAGUGAUCCGAAGUCUGCACAAACUCAGAAGAUUUUCACUUUGAGCUCGAUUUUAAAUCCCAGACUGGAACUGAACUUCACUGGGUCCCUAGCCGGGUCCCAACCUCUCCAACAUAAAAGGGACACGAGUCUAACACCUGAUCUAAAGUUCCUGUGCCUGAUUUUUUAUUUUUUUUAAAGGGAACUAGUUCAGUUUAAAUGGAUUGCAGUGGUCCAACAUUAGUCCUCAUUUAUGUUACCUAGGACCAAACCAGGACUGAACCAGGACUGAACCAGGACUGAACCAGGACUGAACCAGGACUGAACCAGGACUGAACCCGGACCGAACCCGGACCGAACCCGGACCGAACCCGGACCGAACCCGGACCAAACCAGGACCGAACCCGGACCAAACCCGGACCAAACCAGGACCAAACCAGGACCAAACCAGGACCAAACCAGGACCAAACCAGGACCAAACCAGGACCAAUCCAUGACAUUCCAGUGAAAUUCCGAUUCAUUUUUCCCAGAGAUUCUUAAUAAUUUACAAAACUCAUAAAAGAGCUGCAAGAGUUCUGACAAUCAAAUUUUUACUUUGACAACUGUCGGAUAUCAAGGAAGUCUAUGAUGUCACUGCAUCAGAUGCCCUCCAUGUGUGUCAGGUGACCUACGAACCUUUAACUUUUAUAGCUUUUACCACAGUUGUUUCUGUGAACCAACGGUCUCUCAGUUUGCAAGCCACUAGAGGGUUGCUGGUUCAAACCUAAACCAAAGUGUUUACUGUUUUGUGUCCCUGGGCAAGAUACUUCACAGUCCAACCCCGCACUGCAAAAAGGAGGUCCAUUUUGUGUGUGAAAGGGCAUGUCACUUUGGACGGAAAUAAAGGGUUUAAUGUUUAAAUAUGUAAGAAUAAUGUCACAAUGAUGUCACUCACAGACAUGUAAAA